UCCCGCCCGGUUGAACCGUUGAGCGAGAUGUCAACACUCGAACAAGAAAAUCAUUCAAACGAAAACCGUAGAAUCACCUGGGAAGGUUGCAGCGUUUUGCUUGAUAUCAACGAUGGUGAUCGCCUUGUUUUCUCUCGCCUCACCGCUGGCUCGAUUGUGAAAAUUGGGAACAAGAAUUACCCACUUCAGCCAUUGAUUGGGUGUCCAUUUGGUUCUCUGUUUCAAGUAGAAAAUGGGGCAAAUGGUCCUUGCUUGUCGCGGGUAAUUUCAACUGCAGAAGUUAGUAAUGAUGAAGACAAGAAGGAAUGUGAUUUAAAGGAUGAGUCGAGGGACAACCGUGCAUUGAUUGACAAUAAUACAGCCCAAACACUCACUGGGGAUGAUAUAGAAGGAAUGCGAAGACAGGGUGCAAGUGGGAACGAGAUAGUUGAAGCUCUAAUAGCGAACAGUGCAACAUUUGAGAAUAAAACAUCCUUUUCACAAGAAAAGUAUAGGCUUAAGAAACAGAAGAAGUAUGCUCCUAAAGUACUCUUGAGACGUCCCUUCGCCCGGAGUAUAUGUGACACUUACUUUAAGAAGUAUCCAUCAAGAAUUGGGUUCUUGCGAGUUGACACAUUAUCUCUUCUUCUUUCAUUUGCUAAUGUCACUGCACAUUCUGAUGUUCUUGUGGUGGAUAUGAUUGGCGGUAUACUUACUGGUGCUGUUGCAGAACGCCUGGGAGGUACUGGUUAUGUGUGCAAUACCUAUCGUGGUGAUUCUCCAUCUUCUAUUGAGAUAGUACGGAUAUUCAACUUUGGUGAUGAAAUUAACAAAAGGAUUGUGAGGUUGCCUCUUGCUGAUCUUUCUGCUCCUCCAAAUGCAGAUUCCAAAGAUAUGGAACUGCUUCAAGCUUCUGGUAGUGUUGAUAAUCCAACCAAUCAGUCUGAUCCUGUUAGCAUGGAAGAGACCACAGUGUCAUCUAAAGAUGGGAGGCCUACUACCGAGACUGUUGCCUCAAAAGUACAUAAAGCUGCCAAACCAGGAGAAAAAGCUUCUGAAGAUGCCAUUAAGUUGUGGAAAGAAAAUGGAUUUUCAAGCCUCAUAAUUGCUGCUCCAGAAGUGGAUGCUUGGGGUAUUGUCAAGGAGGUCCUACCAUUUCUAUCUUUUUCAGCUCCCUUUGUGAUUUACCACCAGUAUCUUCAGCCAUUGGCAACAUGCAUGCACAAUCUCCAGGUUGAGAAAAUGGCAAUCGGCUUGCAAAUUACAGAACCGUGGCUACGUGAAUAUCAGGUUCUUCCUUCAAGAACUCACCCCCACAUGCAGAUGAGUGCGUGUGGUGGGUACGUGUUGAGCGGAACUAAAAUAUACAAUGACAAUCAACCCGACAAGUCCAUCUGACUGUGACGAGUUGCUCAUGGGUAUGUUGAUUUUUAUGGUCGUAAAACUUGUAUGAUUGUUUAAGAACAAAAUGUUCCUGCUGGUGAUGGUCACAUGUGAUAUUUAGGUUUCAUGUGUUAUGCCAGUCCCAAUUUUGAAUCUUGUAGAACUUGGCAUCCUCACAAAACUUUGGUACUAUAUUUCUUGUAGGUCUUUGUUAUUUGAUUCUAGUAGUUGUCAGUAUCGCGUUA